AGUGUGUACACGAAACCACCACCACUCCCGCGCCUACUACUCCACCCAUUCAGUCUUCAACUGCCGUCGGACCGCCCCCUACUCAAACCUUGCCAGCCACCACUACUCCGCCCAUUCAGUCCUCAACUGCCGUCCCACCGCCCCCUACUCAGACCUUGCCGGCCACCACUACUCCACCCAUUCACUCCUCAACUGCAGUCGGACCGACCCCUACGCAAACCUUGCCGGCCACAACUACGGUCCCGGUCACCCUGCCGCCGGUUACAACCGCAGGAGAGUGCGUCUGCCCGUGUGAAGCGUGCACUUGCUGCCCGGAAGUGGUAAUUCGGCUGCUGCGCAAGCCCAGCAAGUUACACCUCGAU